AUGUCACACCACGCAGAAAGGAAGAUGAAGCACUUGCCAUCCAUUGCUAACGACGUCGUUCUUAGAUGUUCACAGGAACUAGAGUCAACCAUAGAUGAAAUGGUGGAAGAGUUUGAAUGUCAAUGGAAGCCUGGAGCCGAAGGUACUUACUCGAGGAAGUUUGUGGAGUAUUGCAACUCGAAGGCGAUGAGUAGGGUUUGUCAGUACAUACCUGAGAGGAUCAAAGAUGUUUCUUUUACCCGUCUCACCUUCGAUAUGAUGCUUGCGUGUCAACAACCGGAUGUCAAUUACAAUGAGUCUCACAGGAAAGCAGAAGGUAAGGAGAGUGAAGAUAAGCGGAUUCAAGCUACCUUUUCCAUAGAGCAAGAUGACAUUUCUCUGUUUUAUUCAGAUAUAUAAUGCCGCUCUAGUAAGAAAAAUUCUUGCGUUGUUAAAGCUGCUGACCAUGAACCAAGUGUGGGUGAAGAUGCAUUUGUCUAUUUGGCCUCAACCAUUCCUCUCAGUGUUGAUAUCACCAACGGAAGAUACACGUUUGACACUCUUACCGCUCCUACUGGCUACCACCUUCACUUCCCAGCUUACGAUAUGUUUGUUAAAGAAAUAUACAAGUGUAUGAAGUAUUUGCAAAAACAAACGAAGCCUAAAGGGGUCGAUUUAGCGCAUGAUGAAAUUAUAUUGCAUGUAGAAGCAACAAUGGCUUCACAGAGAGUGGUCCGCCACAUUAAAGAAACAAGCUGGCCAGGCAGGCUUACUUUGACAAACUAUGGGUUAUACUUCGAAGCCGCAGGAAUUAUAAACUAUGAAGAUGCUCUUAGGGUAGAUCUUACCAAAGACGGUGCCAGUUCUGCAAAGCAUAUUUCCACUGGUCUGGGUGCACCUCUUUUUGACAAGGCCAUUGUCUAUGAGUCUCCGUAUAUUGAGGAUGGAAUUGUCUUAGAGUUUGUGGAAAUGACCAGCUCUAAGAGAAAGGAUCAUUGGCUUAUGCUUGUAAAGGAGAUAAAACUAAUGCACCAGUUCUUGAAGAAAUACAAUGUUGAAUCUCCCUUGCAAGCAUGGGAAAUUCAUUCGAGAACAAUAUCGGGAAUCAUAAGGUUGCAUGCAGCCCGUGAAAUGCUGAAAAUUUCUCCCGCGGAUCCAAAAAAGUUUCUAAUAUUUAGUUUAUUUGAGGAAGUUCCUAAGGGAGACUUUAUACUAGAAGAGCUCGCAUAGAUUAGUCUAAGUGGUACUACCAAAGACCCGUGUAGUGCUAGCUCCAUAUUAAGGAAUAUAAACAUGGACCAGCUUGGUAACAUAUUAAAAGAAGUGGAAGAAGAUAAGUUUAGGGAGAAGGGGAAAGUGAUUGAUAAAGAAGAAAUGCUUUCAUCCCUUGAAAGUGCAAUGAAUCAAUCGAGAGAAGAGGGAAGAGAGAUUGUAAAGGCUAAAGCUACCACAACGGUACUCGAAGAAGAAGGGAUUACUGAAAGUGUAGCAAUUCUUACGAUAAGAAGAUUCUUUUGA